UUCUUCACUUCCUUUUUUCAGUGGUUCCGCCUCACUUCCGGUUCCGGGGAGGGGCUAAAUUUUCUUCGAAGAUUAGGGUGUCUGAGGUCCAGCUAGGAUGGCUGUGGUACCUCUGUUGUUGUUUGGGGGUUUAUGGAAUGCUGUGGGAGCAUCCAAUCUGGCUGUCGUUACUUGUGGUUCUGUGCUGAAGCUACUCAACACGCGCCAUAAUGUCCGACUUCACUCACACGACGUGCGCUAUGGGUCAGGCAGUGGGCAGCAGUCAGUGACAGGUGUAACCUCUGUGGAUGACAGCAACAGUUAUUGGAGGAUCCGCGGGAAGACUGCCACGGUGUGUGAAAGAGGAACUCCCGUCAAAUGUGGCCAGCCUAUCCGGCUGACACAUGUCAACACUGGUCGAAACCUUCAUAGUCACCAUUUCACUUCACCUCUUUCUGGAAACCAGGAAGUGAGUGCUUUUGGUGAGGAAGGUGAAGGUGAUUAUCUGGAUGACUGGACAGUGCUCUGUAAUGGGCCCUACUGGGUGAGAGAUGGUGAGGUGAGGUUUAAACAUUCUUUCACCGAAGUACUGCUGUCUGUCACAGGAGAACAAUAUGGUAGACCCAUCAGUGGACAAAAAGAAGUGCAUGGCAUGGCCCAGCCAAGCCAGAACAACUAUUGGAAAGCUAUGGAAGGCAUCUUCAUGAAGCCCAAUGAGUUGUUGAAGGCAGAAGCCCACCAUGCAGAGCUAUGAAUCCAGAGGUGCUGAGCCACUGUCACUACACAGUAUUCAUAGACAUCUGUUGCUACUUCACCCACGGAUCCCUGCCAGCAUCACCUGGGCAGUGGCCAUAUCCCCAUGGAGACGAAGAUGCAUAAUAGAAAGCAGUGGUUGUGUUUGGAAGCUGCAGCUCUUCACCCUGGAAUUGGUUGCUCUCCCAAACUUGAGUCAGUUCUGAGUAGAGGACUUGCUGGUGAAGGCAUAGAUGCUUUUUAUUCAUACUGAUAGAAGAAACUAGAGAAACUUCCCUCCUAGCUGGGAAAUUUCUCCUCCUCAGGUGUUUGGCAUCAUGGAAUUUUUUUGUUGUGUUUUUUUUCCAGUACAUGUCAGCAAUACAUAAUGAUGACAUUGGGGCUGGGGAUUUAGC